ACACAGCCUGUCUAAUUCCUAUAGUAGGAAAGUAUUGCCAAUAGAAUAGGACUUAAUCUUACAGAUAGCAGUAAUUUUAAAGUUGAACAGAAUGUGAGGAAUCAGUGUACCUGUUUUACAGCUAUCAUGGCUCUGGUGUUUGAUCUGAAGGCUCUGGUGGACAUGAUGUCCAUUGGGACACUGUUUGCCUACACCCUGGUGGCCAUCUGUAUCCUCAUCCUCAGAUACCAAGCAGAUCCAAAUGAGAUGAACUACAAGCAGAAGUGGAAUCUUCUACGGCCGCCGUCUUCACCAACCUCAACAAGUUCAAGCGUCGUGUCGUACCUGACCAUCUGCACCAGUAAGUCCUGUAAACUUAUUGCUCUUUAUUGCAUUUAAUCAACGAUUAAUCGAUUAUCAUCGAUUUUUUAGAAUCUUUAUUAUACCACAGUUAGUUCUGACCCUGCAAUGUGAUUGGCUGAGAGGCACUCUAUGAGUAACGUUAUCAGCCGGUAAUGCACUGUAACCGAAGCUCUCCAUGUACAGUAUUACUCCGCCACAUACUGUACAGGGUAACCUAGCAACGAUGCAGCGCUUACAAGCCAAACUGCACAAACGCAGCUACAAACAGAGCAGCAAUGGAACUAUUUUAACUGCUGGAGUUUUUAUAACCAAACAGAUCCUAUUUUCU